UUCCUUGUUUACCUGUCCAGUCUGUUCUCACGAAGGAAGAAAUGAGCUGCAAGAAACUGGAGCUAAAGAUGUGAAGCUACAUCGGAGAAAUGACGCCCUUAAUAUUUCUGAUUCUAGUGGGAAUUGAAGGAUCCACCGCUGCGACCCACUCUCUGAAGUAUUUCUACACGGGAUCUUCAGGAAUAGAAAACUUCCCAUCAUACGUCUCUGUUGGGUUGGUGGAUGGAGUUCAGAUUAGUUACUGUGACAGCAACAUCAACAGAGCCAUCCCUAAACAGGACUGGAUGAAUAAAGUGACUUCAGAAUAUCCGAAGUACUGGGAGGAGGAAACAGAGACAUGUCGGGUUAAACAGCGAAUCUUCAAAGAAAACCUAGAAAUUGCCAAAAAACGUUUUGACCAGACUGAAGGAGUUCACGUCUUUCAGCAGAUGUAUGGCUGUGAGUGGGAUGAGGAGACUGGAGAGGUCAAAGGUUAUGAUCGGUUUGGUUAUGAUGGAGAAGAUUUAAUAAUACUGGACCCACAGACACAGGAAUGGAUCGCUCCAAAACCACAAGUUAACAUCACCAAACAAAAGUGGAAUAAUAACAGAUAUGAUUUAGACCAUGAGAAGAAAUACUUAACUCAAAUAUGUGAGUGGCUGAAGAAAUAUGUGAGCUAUGGGAGAAACUUACUGAUCAAAACAGUGCACCCCCCAGUGUCUGUCUUCCAGAGGUUUUCCUCCUCUGUGGUCAGCUGCCAGGCUACAGGUUUCUACCCCAACAGAGCUGAAAUGUCCUGGAGGAAAGAUGGAGAGAAGAUUCAUGAGGGUGUCGGGAAUGGAAAAAUCCUCUCGAACAAUGAUGGAACCUAUCAGAUGAACAUUUAUCUUGAAGACUGGACGAGGUAUGAAUGUGUGUUCAAGAACAAUAAAGGUUCCCAUUCUCUGAAGUAUUUCCUCACUGCAUCCUCUCAAGUCCCAAAUUUCCCACAGUUUGUGGCUGUUGGGAUGGUUGAUGAUGUUCAGAUGUUCUACUAUGACAGCAACACAAUGAAAGCCGAACCAAAACAGGACUGGAUGAGGGAGAACACGGAUCAGCAGUACUGGGAGAGAGAGACUGGAAUCCAUCUGGGUUACCAGCAGUGGUUCAAAGCCAACGUUGAAAUUCUGAAGCAACGUUUCAACCAAACUGCAGGUGCUCACAUUUUCCAGCUCAUAUACGGCUGUGAGUGGGAUGAUGAGACUCAACAGGUUACUGGCUAUGAACAGCAUGGCUACGAUGGGGAAGACUUCAUAACAUUGGACAUGAAGACAAACACAUAUGUUGCUGCAAAACAACAGGCUGAAAUUACUAAAAACAAAUGGAACAAUAACAAAGCUUUUCUGGCGAUCAGAAAGAACUACCUCAACCAGAUUUGUCCUGAGUGGCUGAAGAAAUAUGUCGGCUAUGGGAGAAGCUCUCUGAUGAGAACAGUUCGUCCAUCAGUGUCUCUCCUCCAGAAGUCGUCCUCCUCUCCAAUCAGCUGCUUCGCUACGGGUUUCUAUCCUAACAGAGCUGAAAUGUUCUGGAGGAAAGAUGGAGAGGAGAUUCAUGAUGGUGUAGUCAAAGGAGAGAUCAAGCCCAACAAUGAUGGGACCUUCCAGAUGAGCAUUCACAUCGAUCUGUCAUCUGAUCCGACGGAAGACCGAACCAAGUAUGAAUGUGUGUUUCAGCUCUCUGGAGUUGAUGACAUCAUCAAUAGACUGGAGAAAACAAGAAUCAGGACCAAUGAAUCACCAAAUACCCCCGAUGUGAUCAUCCCUGUUGUUGUUCUUGCUCUCAUUGCUGUCCUCGGUCUCAUUGCUGUGAUUGGAUUCAUUAUUUACAGGAAGAAUAAAGCCAAGCGUCCGCCUUCUCCUAUAGUAAAAGGUCCGGCUCCAGAGGAAACCCAGUUUCUUCCAAAUGAAAAUGCAGAAUCAGAACAACAACAGCAAGUUCAUCAAUGAAAUUUUCACUGACCAAGAAAUGGCUCCACUUUCUCUAUUCUUGUUAAAUUGUAUUUCUUGUCAUGUUGGACAGAAAUACAUCAACUGGUUCAAAUUCUGUUCAAUCAAAUUGGAGUUAUUUUAUUUUUAUGGUCUGGGAAAAUGUUGACCUUUUUCUUUAGCAAAAAAGUUUUGCUUUUCAUCCAAACACAGCAACUCUGACAACUAAAGCUCAUAUCUGCAAAAAUCAAACAUUUUAUCUCUGGGUAGCAGGUAAUGUAAUAUAUUAUGUUUUGUUUAUGUGUUAAAACUUUUCUGAUCCAAUCAACUUCCAGUACAUUAAGACUUAUAGCUGUAAUAUGGGAACAGGGUUAAGUUUUGUAUCACAGUGAUUAUCACACAUAUAGAUUUGAUUUCUAGAUCUGCCAAUAUUCACCUGAUUAUCAUAAAUAUUUUGGGUAAAUUGUAUUUUUUUCUUUCAUCACUUUUAGCUCAGUUUCUAUUGUUUAACUGCCUUAGUUUUUAUUUUUAUUUUAAUUAAAAUAACUUUAAAAACUGCUUUUUCAGUCAUUUAUAUUUAAUGUAGACAAUAAAAUAUUGAGUAAGGAAUAUUUUUUUCUUUUUUAAAGAUCUGGGGUUUAAUUUCUUAUGUUGAGUUAAAUAAAGUGGUUUUCUGUUUAAAUCAGUUCUUGUA